AUGUCAGCGGACGACUUUAUCACUCACUACCAGCCUCCUUCCUUCUUUACCCUCUUCCCCGACGCUCUCGCCGUCGUUAUCCGCCAUCUCAAGUUCUCCAACGAAACCCUCGCUAUCCUCGCUCUCGUCAACCAUGAGUGCUAUCUGACAGCAAUGCCGGUACUAUGGUCAACCCCCCGACUCGACAACAGCCUCGUCUACACACCCCUACAAUGUAUCCAAUCGAUCCUCACCUCCAUGGAAAUCCGCUCCCUUCGCCCGGAGACCCGCCUCAUGAUCCACUCCUUCGACCUCUCCCAGGUCCAAGAGACCCUCUAUUGCACCCUACCCGACAACUGGCUCUUCAUCAUCCUCCAACACGCACCCAUGCUCCAAAACCUCUGUCUCUCCGGCAAAACAACCACCUCCCCCUUUGUCCGAAGCCAAGCCUUCCGCAAGCUCGCCCAAACAAACUUGAUCCACACAGAGCUUAAGCAUCUCGACCUUAGCGACUGUACCGAUAUCCGAGAACCCGUCUUGAAAUCUAUGACGACUCAUUUCCCUAAUCUGGUCUCGCUGAACCUCUCCCGGACCUCAGGUGUAACCGACACUGCGCUGGCGUUGAUUGUCGAUCGCUGUCAGUACCUCGAAACCGUCAACAUUGCUUACUGUCGCCAGGUGACCGAUCUCGGUCUCUUCUCUGUGGCAAAGUUCUGUCGCCGCAACCUGCGCGUGCUCCACCUGACUGGAAACCUCAAGAUGACCGAUGCUUCUUUGCUGGCCGUUGCCAAACACUGUCCGCGCAUCGAAAAGCUGUUCCUGGGCGAAUGUUCUCGUAUCACAGAUUCGGCGCUCGAAUGGAUCGCCCGGUCAUGCUCAAGUACGUCGCUCAAGGAACUGGAGCUACACCGUUGCGACAAGAUCAUGUUUGGCCUCCCACUCCUGGAGCUCCUGGCGAAUAAGUGCAACGUCCUCGAACGGUUGACGCUCACCUACAAGCAGAUCAACUCGAGACGAGACGAUCUCAAGCUGGUCAUGGAGGCCUUUCGUGAUUUCCACCGUCUGCAGUCGAUCGACAUUUAUGAGAUGCCCGAGCAUAGUCCGGCGUUGUUCUUCUGGGACUUGGCAUUCCAGGCGAGUCGCGGCAAGCUGAAGGCGAUCAAUCUCUACAGGGGCAGUUUUAUGACGGACUACAUCCUUGGCAACUACGCGACUGCACCAGAGUAUGGCCAGAAUAUUUCCGACCAGUCUGUGCGAAAGUUCAACGAUAUGCGCAACGGAGCCCACAAGGCUACCGUCAACCUUUUUGUCGACGACUUUUACUGA